AUGGAGGCUUGUGCUUGUGUGGGUGCCCUGGACUUGGUGGGCCAGACCGAGCGCAUGGUGUCCCACAUCCGCAAUACGUUCAUGAAAGUAAUACUCAACUCCUCAUGGGUCGGCUCGAAGUCUUUCGCAGGUGCAAUCCAAAAGCUGGAUGACAUAGUGGUGAACGUGGGAAGUCCUGGACGGCGACUAGACGUCGCGUUCAUCGAGAACCACUUCAGACCUCUCGGCGACGUACCAGUGGACCGGCUUUUUCCUUCGUGGAUAAAGGCAUUGUCCAUAUCCGCUCACUAUGUUUGGAGCGACCAGGAGACUCCGCUGUACGACGAGGAAGAAGUUACGGCUCGUUACUUCAACAACUUCAAUAUUGUGAUUAUACCAACAGCCUUAAUACACCAACCACUUAUGUAUCCCGACGGGCCCAUAGCAAUGAACUAUGGGGGACUCGGAAUGAUAAUAGCACACGAGAUGAUGCACUCUUUGGGCGUACGAGGCAUAGAGGACGAACCAUGGGCCACGAAGGAGUUUCUAAAAAACUACACUGAAAGAGUCCACUGCCUGCGGAAAUCACAUAAGUCUGUCCUCUCCUUAAGUCGCCGCCAGGAGGCGCUGGAUGACACGCUGGACUCUGAAAACCUUGCCGACUUGGUGGGAACCAGUGUUGCGUACAAGGCCUUUACCUCGCUGGUCCCAGAAGACGUGGGCUACACUCUACCUGGCCUGGACAUGUCAGCGGAGCAGCUGUUCUUCGUCAUGAACUGCGCGAAAUGGUGCAGCCAGUACAGCGUGCCCGGAAAGCGAUACGCACCAUUCCGCUCGCGAUGCAUAGUCCCACUGAUGAACAUGGACGAAUUCGCGAGCGCCUUUCGCUGCGCACUAGGGACACCCAUGAAUCCGCCCGGGAAGUGCUUUUUUUGGUAGUAAAGAGCA